AUGGGAGCUGCUGAGAGUAGUCAGAUUGUAAACUACGAUAUCUUCCAAAGAGAUGAUUUCUUUGCCAAUCCUUUUGACUGGGAAUUGCAUCAUGCGAAAAGCAAGCUCGAUGGGAGUCGUGUGUCGAUUUUCAGAACGAACGCGAAGAGUGCAUCCUCCAGUAAUGCUUUGAAGAAGAUUAGGAUGUUCCGGCAUCCCUGUAUCCUAAAGUAUAUAGAAGGAAAUGAGUCAGAUACUGGAGUAUUUUAUGCAACGGAAUUAGCGAUCCCACUGUCCGAGUGGUUAGAUUAUGCAAAAGGAGAUAAGAAGAGGGAGGAAUCAAACCCUAUCUACCAUGAUCACCUUGUUUCGUGGUGCAUGUGGGGAAUGGCGAACAUCCUGAAAGCCCUCAAGUUUCUUAAUGAAGAUGCGAAGCAAGUGCACGGUUACAUCCACCCUUCUAGCAUAUUCGUGACGCAGUCCGGUUCUUGGAAGCUCGGUUUCUUCGAUCUGACGUACGAGUUUAAGCCGAAAGAAGAUCCUCCUUAUUUCUAUCUGUACCGAAUUUCGUUUCAUUUCGAUCCCAGCGAAAAGCAGCAGCUGCUCCCAACUGCCUACCGCUCUCCCGAGCGAACAGACAACAACUUCUCCCUCAUCGGGGACUGCACGAUUUGGGGUCAAGACAUGUACGGAUUCGGCGAACUGAUCGACUUCGUGUUUAAAGGACUCAAAAUCCCCGGCCAGCUUUCCAACUACGUGCUCCGCUGCAAGAGCGCGCCGCUUGGCCGGCCGGCGCCCAGCCGUCUGCUCGCGGCCUUCAGCAAGCAUCCCCUAGUGAAGUAG